UGAGCACAAGCAAUGCUAUUUGAAACAAAACUGCUAAGUGGCGUAUACCUAGCUAACGCUUCAGCGUCCUGCAUUGACACUGAGCUAGCAUCCCAUCCGAUAGAAGGAAGUGUAAGACUGAGCAUGAGUUCGGCAGGGAAUUGCGAACGAGAUGAGAUAGAUACUGUAAGAGACGUGUUGAUAGAUAACACGAAGACAAGAAUGAAUACGUUUAGAGGCGGAGACUUUCUGUGAGGCGUGCUUGGAGCGGGGAAAUCAGAGUAUCCGAUUCUGCUGCUGCUGCACAGCGCCCU